UGGAAGAUGCAUCUAAAAAACGUGUGACUUCUUCGGUAAAUCAUUUUUUUAACUAUGGAGCCUACCCAGCUCUUUUUUCGCAACAUUUUUCCAAUUAUUCAAAUUUGAUAAUGGCAACCGGAAUUUCAAUUUUUAUUUCGAAUCUUACACUACAACUGCACGGCUGCUAUGAGGGACCUGGAGAAUGAACAUCAAAAUGGCACUACAAAGAGCCGAGUCGCACCAAUGACGUUUGGGGCGAGUAGACGGAUUUCAUCUGUCCAUACUUUUCCGUUUAUCAAGACUGCCAGCGUUACUUCUUCACGCUUAGGCUCGAUAUUAUGAGGGCGCUUUUGCUCCAUAGCCUCUGCGCUUGUUUUUGGAUCCGGAAUGUGACGUUAGCUCCCUCGCCAAACUACCACGGCGAAGGGGCACCACCUCCGGAACUUGUGGACACGAAAAACGAGAACGAUGCCUCGCUUUUUCGGGGUCAGGUCGGCCGUCCGCUCCCCCGCGUGAAGCCACCACCUCCGGCGCUAAGUGCCGGGACGCGGGUGGAAGCCAUAGUUCCAGGUCCUCGCGCGGCUUCGUUCGCCGGGAGCUCGUCUUCCUUGGAUGCUGGGGAAAUUGCCAGGGCGGCGGGCAGCUGCACCGCAGCCGCUAGACCAGUUUCCGGAAUGGAGGUCAUGACUACAUCCUGCGCAUACAAACAGUGUUCUGGCAACAAAUCGAGCAAACGACGACCGACAUCACGGCCCGAAAAGGUGCGGCAGCAGAAGAGGAAGCUCGGCAUGGGCCAGGGGAGAGGAGCACCUGCGGGAGGCGCAGGGAAGUGGACCGGAUCGGGCACACCAGUGAGCGGACGCAGCGCACCGACAACGGGGAAGGGCGCUGGCGGCAGAAGUAAAGAAAGGGUAGAAGAAGGAACUGGGACUAUGGUAGCUUGCCGCUUACGACCGAAACCAGAAGAUGAAGGUUCUGGAGCUUCUCGUGCAACUUCAUCAAUUCAGAUUCAGCCACGAAACGAAGCGCCGCUGACUGAGACGCGACUUGGUGUUGAAGCAGGUGAAAAAUUCGGGGGGCAGGGUAGGAGCGGUGCACGGGGGGUGAAAAGUGUAGCAGGACGCGACGAGGGAACUGCCAUAGCAGACACAUUUCAGCGGAGCCAGGUAUCCUCGCAAGCGUCCGCCUCGUCAAGCGGCAGUACCGCGGGGCAAUCUGGAUCUGCUUUGGGUGCUUCAGAGUCGGGGAGUCUAUCCGACGGAAAAAGAUUCGACAUCAACCUUGGAACGGCACGGGUCCCGGAGCUACACGAGUGCGCCGCUCCGGAGGCCGAGCGGGAGCCCAGCGGAAGCGCCCUUGCGCGGACCGGGCGCCCGAGUGAGACCUCGUGUUUCCCCGAUCACAGUAAACUUGCAAUUAAAUCCGCAGAGCUACUACGUCCCAAGCUGUCCGAGGAGUACUUCCCUUUGCGUCCGACGUCUGUCUGGGUUGAGCAGGAGAUCCCCCAUCCCGCGGGCGUGUGCUCGUGCUUCGUCCCGAAGUCUCAGACGCGGAGCGAACCAAGUGAACCACAAGCGACUUCUGUCGGUUGCAUUGGCGGUGUAAAUGCCGUUCGAGUCAUCCCCGUGCGGCCCGGAGAUGCCGAUAUUCUCCAAGCAGUUCAUUGGUAUCAAGACUUUAUCCCAGCCACCGGUGCUGCGAGCCCGGGAGCACCAGAACCGCUGGCCGCAAAUAGGUCCGAGAGCGGACCAUCUUCACCACAGGCUGGUACUGGCGGACACCGAACAGGUAAUCAGUCUGCGCUUCCCGCUCUAUCGGCAGAAGACGUCCGGGCGGGCGAGCCCGAUGAUGGGGGCGAGCAGACGCCGCGAUCACACCAAACUGCAGUUGGUGAUGGACGAAGCACUUUCAGACAAGCGGGAGCAGCACAGCCGGAGCGCGCGACCGUCUGUGCACCUCGUACUGGUCGGAUUUCUAUGACUGACGCAGAGCAGUGGCUCUCGCAGAGGGCAGAUGAACAAGCGGAGUGCUCUCACGCUGCACCCUGUCUAGUCGUGACACGGGACGAGACCACUGACCAUCCUGUGGAGCAGGCUGGCCAGUCAACGACCGACGAGCCGGGACUCAAUUGCGCAAGUUCAUCGACACGGAGGGAUGGAGGAGGCUUCCCACAUCGAAUUGACUUGGGCGUCACCGCGCCCUCUCUCGACCGAGUAGAAAGAGCAAAUACAGUGGCCGCGGCGCAAAGUCAUUCAGACUUACCAGCAUCCGCUAGUACUUCACCACCUAGUAAUGUCAGUGCUCCACCGGCGCCAGCAGCGAAAGUCGCGGCAACUACAAUCCGGGAAAGUUCGGGCGCGGCAAUUUCAUCAUCAUCCACACAUGCUGUUUCUAACCCGGAUCUGCAAGCGGCGUUGAAUGCUGCUUCUUUAGAACGCAGCGGUUUGGGAAGAAGUGAUCCGCAGGGAGCCGCGGGUAUGAUUCAUCUAGGGAUUUCACCAGCUGCUCUUGUAUCUCCAACUAUCGCACCUACUUCUCCAAGCGUGCAACCGAGUAGCCAGGUUUCCUCUGUGGUUCCGCCUUCGCAGACGCAGCCGCUUCCCGCUGUUGCGGUUCCCAACUCUGUUCGCACACCACAUUCCAAACCCGGACCGUCGCCUCUGCCGGCAAAAAAUCGCUCAGGAGCUGCGCCGGCAACAGGAUUGCUUUCAGAUUCCCAUUCCCCCGACGGUAUGGGUGUACUCGUCCCUGCUUCUUCCUUUUUACCACGGAACUACGUACUGGCGAAACUCCGGGAGAACGGCCUGCGACUGCAGUACCUGAAAGCGGAGGAGUGGCAGAGCGACUGCGGCCUGGUAACCGAAGCCGUCAGUGAGAACGGUGCCGCCCUCGCGUUUGCAGAGGACGACGCGUGCCGGAGCAUGAAGAGCAUCUGCCUCUCCGCCGUGUCGGGCUGCGGGCGGAGUCUGCAGUUCUGCGGCCCGGGGUUGCGCGGCGACGCGAUGAUCGUCGAGCUGGCCAUCCGAAACGGACACAAACUCUGUGUGCGGGGACCCGCGGCGAGACAGGGUUUCACGGCGGAAGGAGGCGAAAACAAAGAUAAUCAGCAGCAGCACCGGCAAAGCAGUCCUGGUGUUCUCCUUCGGGCUGCGGCACAAGGAGCUCUGCGGCAACGGCAAACGAAGUUUUUGGUCCUCUCUGAGGGAAGCCAAGCACAAAAAGUAGGACCAAGUUCGGACGCAGUUCUAUCCACUGCUCCCAUCACAGCCACGACAGUACGCCUGUUGCAACAAAUGAAGCCACGGCAAGUAGAACACGUGUUGCAACUGCAACAGCAGCCACAGCAAGAACCACAGCUAGAAGAUUUGUUGCAGACCGAAAAUCCGCCCCUGCCAAGGGAGCUGACAGACGAAUCGCUAUGGCGCGUGUCGCCGCUGAAGUUUGCUUCAGCGGAGCUGCAAGGUGAGAAAACGGUUUGCAUCGAUGCGGUCCGGAUACAGGGGAAUGCACUGGAAUUUUGCGCCCCGGGGCUGCAGAAUGACAGCGAGGUGGUGCGGCAUGCACUAGCUCAGGACCGUGAGGGCGCACUGCCAUUUGUGUCCGCGGAGCUACAAGCGAGGUGGCGUUUAGACGAAGAGUUUUUUCACAAGUGGUUCUGGGUGGCUGUCAGCGGCUCGCUCCUUCUUCUUGCCCUUGGUUGCUUCGUAUUCUGGCAGCUCGUGGUGGUGCGCCGCAAAUAUCAUGCCAUUUUGGUUUCCCGAAGAGCGAUGCAGCAGCGUUCGCAAAGAGAAAAACGCAAGAAGCAGAAACGAAUAGAAACAACUCUCGUAUCUUCACGAGAGUUUCUAACUUCUGUUACGGAUGCAAGUUGUCGUCGUCGAGAUGCAGCAUUCGCCGAGUCGGAAAAAGAAGGUCCGUCUCUCCCGCCUGCAGAACCGCCUCUACUGCAGCGGCGCUACCCAGCGGACAUGGUCGUGAACGUGAAGCAGGCGCAUGUGGCUACUAACGGAAAAAAGAAAAAUUCGGCGCGAGGAAAACAUCUUCGCCUGAGCAAAAACUUUCGGAAGGUGCGGGUGGCUGGCAAAAAUAAUGAUUUUUACUUCAAGCCCCCUCAGCGUGGGGAUCUUGCGACCCAUCACGUUAACGGAGGUGGACCUCCUGUCACUGGCGCUCCGAUGGCCUUCGGAUUUUUCCACGGUCACCAUUUCUACGGCCUUCAGGCUUACAAGAAUGCACCUCCUGCAAGAACCGGGGGCGCAGACGUCUAUGGCGGAAGGCAACUUUUACCGGAAAAUAAAAUCUGCGUCCCUCACAAAGUCGAUACGAGCUAUUACCCUGCGCAAGAGGAGCAGGAGGUGGGCCAGGGCCGUCAUGUUGCUGCGCCGGGGCCCGAGCCGGGUGCCUCUACCGCCGGAAGUCCAGCGCCGAUCUCAUCCAGUGCCGGAGUCAAGCGUGAAGUGGAGUAUGACAGUCGCGGCAACGUGAAGCGAAUACGAAUGGUCGUCGAAGAAUCCGACGUCUGCCGCACUGAAGAUGUGCGUCGUUUUGGAGAUGAAGCUGAAGAUUUCGGCGCGACAAGGCUAGCACAGCAAGAGGGCGACCAGGUACGGCCAACGAGGUCCUGCGCGAAGAAACUGAUGGCUGCGGAAAGCGGAACCAGUCUCAGAGAAGGAAAGGAAAAGACCUUGAGCUGGCAACACAACAAGGACCAUUUUUGUUCUGACGACAAAAGUUACAGUGAAAACAAUUACGAAUUUUCCCAGGCACAGAGCACAUCUCUUGAAACAUCUGAUAUGCGGUUCCAGGAAGAGCUCAAUGCAGAAGCCCGAAGAUGUCACAGAGCGUUUGAUGGUUCCGAUGUUUGAUUCGCAUGCGGGGCCGUCGCAUGCGAGAAUUACAUACUUUUUUGGCCCUUCAUUCCAUCGCAGAAACACUGGAGCAGGUCGCCAGUCGAAGAUCGCAGCCAUAGAACAAGUAGCGACAUUGAAUUGAUGCAUGUAUGAUUUUUUCUUAUGAUUGUUUCUUAUUCUCUCUAUCUAAGACAUCGGCCUAUUUUGAUAACUUCGACCCCUCCUGUUGUCUUUUCGAUACAAACGAUUCUCACUCUCAGCGACGCGACGUUCGCAAAAAGAAUGAUACUCCCGGAUACUGUUAUAAAUAUAUGCUGCGCAGGUAGCACAGCAGCCAGCUUUUGUUACGCAAGUUGUGUAAGUGUGCAUUUGACCAGAUAGGCUACAUACAACUACCAACCACGAAUCAGCUUGCUGUUGCUGACAGCACCUGUUGAGGCUAACCUUUAAUGGCGAAAGAUGUACGGCAUAAUGAGCAAUAUGUCCCUGAAAGAUAGCAGAAAAUAUGAACAACUUCGUAGCCAGCUGCGGCUGCAAAUUUCACGGCUCACAAACAU